AUGUUUCAUGUUUUCUCUCAGAUUCUAUUGGGUUAUGCUGGGUUCCUAUAUGUUACUACUGACCCCCCCCCCAAAAAAAAAACUUACAUUUUUUAUAUAUGUCGACAUUUAAAAUUGUUAGCCCAUGUCAUCUCAGGUUUGCGGCCUUCUUUGGAGGACAUUGCGGAAGCAGUGGAAUGUUUCCUCUACCACUCCAGGCCAAGGGGCAAAAGUUUGCCUACUGGACGUGUGAUCAAAGCGGAAUCAUGGAUUAUUCGGAAGCUCAUCUACUGUUUCUCCAGAACGGUGCGUCGUGGACACCGUCCACGGGAAUCAGCUUUGAGAAAGUUGAUGGAAGUAGCAGAGAUUCCGAUCCCUGACACGUCUCCAGCAAAUAGGAGUUCACCCCGAGGUUCUGAGCCUGCUCCACUUGAAGAUGCUGAUGAUGAAGAAGCAGAAGGCGCCUACGACGAGGAAUGUCCAGAGAGUGAGCCCGAGGAAUCCGACCCUGUGGUGGAGGUGAACCCAAAGGAAUGCAGAUCGCAACAGCCUACCCCUUCACCCAUGGAAGUGAUUGAGGCCAACCCUGAUAAGACCGUUGUUGACCAUACUAAGUCAUUGUCGGCAGAGCUUGAUCAAGCCCUGCAAGCAGGGAAGUCCGAGGAGGCCAUGGAGAUUAUGACUUUGCUAGAGAUUCAACAUGAACAUGACAAGAUCGAAGACGAGGAGUUGGCCCUUCAAAUGAUGGAGGAGGAGUUGAAAAUCCUAGAGAUGACUGAGCAACUCCACAAGUUGGAGAUGCAAGCUCUCGAGGAACAGGAAACCAUUCAAAUGAAUUAUGCCAAGGACUUGUCAAUGAAAGAUGUUGCUCGCCCACCUGCCAGACCAUUGGUAUCAUCUACCCCGGUUCCAGCUGUUUGUCCUGACCUUCUGGACACCCUGCCCAUGGAGUUCCCGGAACCCUUUGUGCCUGCUGUGGUUGACUCGGCUGGCUCCAAGUCCGAGCCUCCCGAGACGUCUGGGACCAUGGAUGCGGGAUCAAUCAUUGCUCGCCAGAGAACCCUGAAGUUGGGGGAAGUUCCUAGUGAUGAUGAUGCUUGUGCAGAUCACAAGGACACUGCGUUGCCGACAUCAGUGAGCAACCCUCGUCCAUCUGAUGUUGUGGAUGAUUUGGAACCUAUCAAACCCAGUGAGCAGGGCCAGCGCAAGAGCGGGAGGGGGAAGGGUCGUGGCAGAGGAAGAGGUCGGGGGCGAGGAAAGGGUAGGUGUAGAAAGGUUGAGGAUGAUGAGGAGAACGAAGAGGAAGACGGCAAGGAUUCUGAGGAGAACGAGGAAGGUGCCAAGGAGGCAUCGGAUGACAAUGAAUGCAAAGAACCCGCAAAGCAUGGACCAUGCAGAGCAAAGAGAGCAAGCAAAACACCCAAGAAAUCUAAGGCUGACAAGGUUGACAAGGCAGAUGCAAGCAACAAGAAGCCAACUAGGAAAGCAAAACCUGCAGCAAAGAUGACUGACAAGAGCGCCAAGGGUAAGGCAAAAGGAAAAACGACUGAGCCAGCACCAAAGGCAGCAAAUGAUCGCCGCAAGAGCAAAUCCAAGGCAGUUGACCCGGAUGACAUCAAGACCACAGACACGGUGCCAAAGAAGAAAGCCAAAAAACAUGAGGUAGCUGUAGAUGAGAUGCCGGAGGCUGACAAGGCUGACGAGAACCAGGAGCCAACAAAGACACGCAAAAGCAAAACCAAGGUGAAGAAGGAGAAGGAGGAGAAAGCAUCUUCAAGCACAGAUGUCCCCAAAGUUCCCAAGAGGAAGGCAAAGGACCUUGAGGGCAAAGCACCCAAGGGAUCACCCAAGAGAUCUCCGAAGGGAGAUUCCAAAGCCACGGAUCCACAAGCAGCCAAGCAGCGGCAGUCACGAAAGUCUAGCGCAUACCACAAGGCAAAGUUGGCAGCCACAAAGGCAGGUAAAAGCCCAGAGGAAGCCAACAAGCUCGCAAAGGAAGCAGUUCAGUUGAAACAGCAUUCUUUUUGUAGAUUUUUGUAG